AUGGAUAUACAUAAGAGGAGAUCAGGAACAACAGCAUCAUCUCCAUCAUCUCAAUCAGAGUCUAUAGUAGAUGAUCCUAUUACCAAACCACCACCACCACCACAAGAGAAUAGAACAGAUUCACCAUUCAAUGCAUUAGAGAUAUUCAAAUACUUGAUGUUUAUAGUGAUUGCCUUGGGUAUAUUAUGGUCGUACCCAGUAUUUUUAAAGAAGCAUAUACAGAAUAGUCCACUCGAGACAGUGUCCAUCUUGAAUGGCAUGAAGCAGAUAUCACAUUGGACAAAGAACCAACAAACAUGUAGCGGCCGGGUCAUUGCCGUCGGCUACAACACCAAUCUCGACCUCAUCGUCAACGCUAUUGACGUCCUCGAACAACUUGGAUUCGAACAAUCAGCUAUCGCUGCAUCUGCCGCCUCUUCAGCUUCAGCCUCUGAUAUAAUCAUAACAGAGGAUGAUUUAUUAAAUACUUUUAUUUAUUAUUUUCAACAUGGAAGUGCAGCCGAAAGAUUUGUACAAGAUAAAGUAUUAUUUAAAAAGAUAUUAGACAGUGCUUUGGCAUUGGACAAGAAGAUAUUCCACACGGGCGGUAACGCAGGUAUUAUGGCCAAUCGAUUGGCGUUGGAGGGAUGCCACGUUGUUUUGGGUGGUAUUGUAGGCAAAACGUUAAAGUCGUUGUUGAAUAGCACCGUAGAGGUGAUUGAAUACGCACGUGACGACAUGGAGUAUGACGAGGUUCAUUUGAUCAUGGAGUAUGCCCGAAACUCUAGUUUUGGUCCGAUUGUUACCCCGCGUGCCAACCGAUUUAUCAUCUCCAACGACAAUACAAAUGGAAACAUGAUGACACUCGAAUCGUUCCACCAACACCUCGGCAAGGGAGAAAAGACACCCGAGCUCAUUGUCCUCUCUGGCCUACACCUACUAUCAGAAGAGAACAUUGGUCAACGUUUGGACGCCAUGAUGUCCUAUAUGGCCAAGAUACCCUAUUCACCGUUGCCACGUGACUUGAUUUCCAACAAAAAUAUUCCAAUCCAUUUGGAGUUGGCGUCCAUGUCGAGUGCUAUAGCCACCAAGCUUCUUGCAACCAAUGUCGUCCCUUUUAUUGACAGUAUUGGAUUAAACGAGCAAGAACUCGGGUUCAUCUACGUGUCGACGGGUGGUAAAAAGUUUAGAUUGGAAGAGUUUAAAGACCCGACACCACAAGUUGCCGUAGAAGCCAUCCUCCACAUCUUUAACCUUGCGUCCAAGGUCAAUGCUAAAAAGGCUGGUGGUGCCUCAACCGACGCUGCUGGCGGCGGUCUUCCCAUGAUGGAAGCAGGCGAAAUGAUGGUGGGAAAGACACGUCAACUCACUAGAAUCCAUUUCCACUACCUCACCUAUCAUAUUGUUGCCGUUAGACAAUCGAGCGCAUGGUCUUCUGAACGUUCUAAAAUGGCUGUUUCAGCAUCCUCCCUCGAAGCUUCCAAUCAAGCUUGUGGUUUCCAAGACAUUGAAAGAAAAUUACCUCUAACUUUUGAAGUUGAUUAUAGAUUUACUCCAGGUGCUAAAAUUAAAAUCAAGAUUGAUGAAACAUAUCCAGUAUCAACAUGGAAAGAUGAUGGAAUUAUAAUUAAUAUUGCACCUGUACUUGUUUGUAAACACCCAACCAAAACAGUAGGAUUAGGUGAUUCAAUCUCAACUAUUGCAUGUAUCAAUGCUGCUCUCGUACCAAAGAAUUUAUCUGGUCCACCAUCUGAAUUCUCUUCAUUUGUUUUACCAGAUCCAAAAUUGGUUGCUCAAAGUUCAAAUAGUGCACUUUUGGCAGUAACAUUUUCAGCAAGUAAAACUACUGCAGGAUCAUUGGUAUGGUCAACCACUAUCCCAGUCGAUACUGAAAGCGACUUUUCAGUCAAUGUAAUCAGUCAGGUGGCAUCGUCGAUUCAAGUACAAGCCAUCCCACCAAGCAAAGAGACACACUUUGGCGUCGUCUCUCAUCACAACAGAGCCAUUCUUUCAAAUGGAACAUUUGGCAUUGACGGAAACACCAUCCCAUCCGUCUCUUUUACCUACCCCAAGGCUGCCGUUGGCCUUUGGACCAUCCAAAUGUCGGCCCCAGCCUCGUUGUUGAACGAUGCUGCUUUCAAGAGCCGUUUUGAUGCCGGUCAACCACAAGCAUUCUUGUUGGCCAGCAACCCAAGCGAGUACAUCAUCUACACCUACUUGUCGAGCUACAAUGGUUUGUUUGUCGGCGACAAGGUUCCAGUCCUCGCCAUGUUGACUUCUGCCCAAGAAGUCCUACCCAAGCACGCUCGUCCAGCCGGCUACCUCCCAACUCCAAUCAAGUCAACUGGUGCCGUCGCCGCCGUAGCCACCAUGGUUGUCACCUCGCCAAACGGACAGUCCUCAUCGGUUGUCAUGGUUGACGAUGGUCUCCAUGCCGACGGUGUCGCCAACGACGGUAUCUAUGGUGCCUUUGUCGAAGCCGACCAAGUUGGAAACUACCAAACCACCGUACAAUUCCAAGGUAACGCUCCAAACGGAGAAGCCCUCUAUCGUACAUCCCAACACAUCAUCCCAAUCACAUCUGAGUUUUUGACACUCACCGGCAAGGCCAUUGCCACUCAGCAAAAUGACAGUCUCAGCUUCUUUGUCGAGGUUGAAGCCGCUUCGGCCGACAUCCCCAAUGUUCGUGUCUACUCUGAGGUCUGGGGUGUUGACAGCACCGGUGCUGACGUUGCUGUUGCCUGGGUCGGAGGUAUCACCAGUCUCCAAAAGUACCAAAACCUCAAUGUCUUGAGUGCCGUCCUCGACAACCGUUGGAUCGCUGCCGCCAACGCCACCGCUCCAUUCACCCUCAAGAACAUCAUUGUCUCGGACGUCAACACCUUUGUCCCAGUGUUCAACACCACCGAGUCCUACGUCGCCAAGAUGUCGACCAAGUACCAUGACGUCCGUCUCGACCACUACGACCCACCCCUCCACGUCAUCACCAAGCAAAUGCGUGACGGAAAGAUGCCAGCCGAUUUGGCCGAACGUUAUGGCAAGCUCAAGAGCUCAGCCACUGGAAACGGUAAGCUCCUCCUUGUCCACGGCUACUGCGCCCAAGGAAACCCAUUCACCAUUGGCGACUUUGAAAAUGCCGUUGCCUUUGAAGACCCCGACCAAAACCGUCCCAACGAUGAGUUUGCCCAAAUGGUUGGUGACUUUGGUGCCCAAUACACCGAUGGUUUCUCGAUUGUCGGUCACUCGCAAGGUGGUCUUGUCGCCCUCCACCUCGCCACCUUUUACCACAGCGGUCUCGAUCUCUCCCAAGCCCUCCCAGGCCGUGUCAUCCAAUCGGUCGGCUCCCCAUACCAAGGUACCGGUCUUGCCGGCACCCUCGCCUCGAUUGGUGACUCUCUUGGCAUUGGUUGCUCUGCCAACAAUGAUUUGACCCACGAUGGCGCUGCCUUGUGGCUCAACUCUGUGCCAACCGACAAGCGUUCGUUGGUCUACUACACCACCACCCAAUACAAGACUGGUGGUCUCGUCAACUACUGUAACUUGGCUGCCAACUCUGUUUUGAAAUGGCCAAAUGAUGGUGUCACUGAUGCCGAGCACUCUGAACUCCCAGGUGCCACCUAUGUCAAUCACAUCAAGGGAUGGUGCCAUACCGUCGACAUGAAGUCACCACCACAAUGCCAAAACUCUGACAACAACAAGUUAAUGUCUUCCGAAUCAGUUUGGUAA